GGCUCCUCCUGUUGUAGUCCUUAUUCUCAGCUUCUUGUCUACUUUCCUAGCGAUUCAUUCCCCGAUUGCAUUUAUAGAUUCUUUCACCACCUCUUACUGGACAGAAACCACUUUUCUAUCUCUCUCCCACCCCUUUCUCUAUGCUCUAAUACAUAUAAUAAAACUCUGCAACUGGCUAAAGUAAUCAGCUUUUUUGCUCCCUGACACAUUAGUUAUAGUUUUUAUGUGUUGUGUAGCACUUAGAUUACAAGAGUGUAAGCAAGAGGCAGAAGAAAGGAAGGGAGAGAUAUGGAGGAGUUUUUUCUGGCAAUGAAACUGGUUUUUUCAGUUGCUGUUGUGGGGAUUCUAAGCUGGAUUCUUUCUGUGUAUGGUAAUUUGUGGCAUGAGUCUCAAAGGUUGAGGAAGAGGCUACAAAUGCAAGGUAUAAAAGGGCCUCCACCUUCUUUUCUACAUGGGAAUCUGCCUGAUAUGCAAAGAAUUCAAUCUCAGGCCAAAGCUGCUUCCACUUGCAACUCCGACCUUUCUGAUCAGUUUCUAGCACAUGACUACACUGCAACCCUCUUCCCCUAUUUUGAACACUGGAGGAAACAAUAUGGUCUACUGUACACUUACUCCACAGGGAUGAAGCAACACCUGUAUGUGAACCAACCAGAUCUAGUGAGAGAAAUGAAUCAGUGCAUCACUUUGGAUUUGGGUAAGCCUACUUAUAUAACAAACAAACUUGCUCCUAUGCUUGGCAAUGGCAUUUUGAGAGCCAACGGGCUCAGUUGGGCCCAACAGAGGAAACUUGUUGCAGCUGAGUUCUUCAUGGACAAAGUUAAGGGUAUGGUGGGCCUAAUGAUAGAGUCAGCACAGCCAUUACUACUAAAAUGGGAGCAAUUUAUUGAGAGCCAAGGAAGUGCCACAGCUGAAGUUAAAGUGGAUGUAGAUUUGAGGGGCUUCUCAGCUGAUGUUAUUUCAAGGGUUUGCUUUGGCCAUUCUUAUUCCAAGGGAAAAGAAGUCUUCUCAAAGCUUAGAAGCAUACAGAAGGCCAUGUCCAAGCAUGGUGGCUUCCUUUUUGGGCUCAGCAGUUUCCGUGACAAACUGAAGCAUUUGUCGUCAAAGAAGCAAAACGAGAUAGCAAGUUUGGAGAAAGAGAUAGAGUCACUGAUCUGGGAGUUGGUGGAGGAACGCAAGAGGGAGUGCUCAGGGACAUCCUCAUCAGAGAAGGAUUUGAUGCAGUUGCUGUUGGAAGCAGCAAUGACUGAUCAGAGUCUGGGGAAGGACUUCUCCAAGCGUUUCAUUGUGGAUAACUGCAAAAACAUUUACUUUGCUGGCCAUGAAACCACAGCUGUUGCAGCCUCUUGGUGUCUGAUGCUUCUUGCUUUGCACCCUGAAUGGCAGACCCGUAUAAGGACUGAGGUGGCUGAACUUUGCCCCAAUGGUGUACCAGAUGCAGAUUCUGUCCCUCUGUUGAAAACGGUGGCUAUGGUGAUUAAAGAAGUGCUACGUUUAUACCCACCAGCAGCCUUUGUUUCAAGGGAGGCAUAUGAAGAUAUCCAAAUUGGAAACCUCAAUGUUCCUAAAGGCGUUUGUUUAUGGACUCUGAUCCCAACACUGCAUAGAGAUCCUGAAAUUUGGGGACCAGAUGCAAAUGAGUUUAAACCAGAAAGGUUUAGCGAGGGUGUCUCCAAGGCUUGCAGGUUUCCACAUGCUUAUGUGCCAUUUGGAUUGGGUACCCGCUUGUGCUUGGGAAAGAACUUUGCAAUGGUUCAAUUGAAGGUUGUGCUAGCACUUAUCAUCUCCAAGUUUAGCUUCUCUUUGUCUCCUAGUUAUAGGCAUUCUCCGGCAUAUAGAAUGAUUGUAGAACCGGGACAUGGUGUACAUAUUCUCAUUCAGGAGAUUUGAUCGGCUCAUAGCUAAUGACACAAAUAAUUCAACUUUUAUUUUCAUUAACGUGCAAGCAUUUAGUUUUUCUUAUGACACAAAGAUUUUUGCAUAUGUUUGUAUGUGUAUUGUAGACAUAAAACUAUUGUUUAGGUUAUAGAAAAGUUUCUUCUUUACUUUAA